CUUUAAAAGGACAGCCGGCAAAAUGCAAGGGCUGCCAGAGUUGACCAGCCGACUGCGAUUUUGAGUGCUGCCCAUCUGCGCAAAAGAUAAACAGUGACUUGCAAACAAAACAUGAGCCGCAACACCAAAGAUUUUAAGUGCUGCCCGACUGCGCGAAAGAUAAACAGUGUGUCUUGCAAACAAAACAUGAGCCGCAACACCAAAGAUUAUCCGACUUAUGUGAUACUUGGCUCUGGUGGCCACACAGCCGAAAUGCGUCAGAUCGCUUUGGCCCUGCUGGAGCCGAGCAACUGCACCAAUUACCAGCCAAUGCGCUACAUUGUGGCCGACAGCGAUGUCACCUCACAGAGCAAACUGUCCAGCGAUUUGCCCUCCAUCCGGAACAGCGACUUCAUCCGUGUGCCGCGCAGCCGAAGCGUCGGCCAGAGUUGGCUGAGCACCAUAUUCAGCACCCUGUGGGCUCUGCUCUGGAGCUGCUGGCUCAUUUGGCGCGACCAACCAAAAUUGGUGCUCUGCAACGGCCCCGGAACCUGCGUCCCAUUCUGCUACGCCGCUUACAUGUGGCGUCUGCUCGGUCGUUUACCCGCUAACAGCAAAAUUGUGUUCCUGGAAAGCUUUUGUCGGGUGAACACAUUAUCGCUAAGCGGGCGCCUUCUGCUGCCACUGGCGGACAUGUUUAUCGUCCAAUGGCCGGGGUUGGUAGAGCGCUAUGGUCAUAAAAACAAUGUAAAAUAUUUUGGUCGCCUCUUCUAA